ACCCCUUAAUCCCCACUCGCAAACUCGCCACCAUGCCUUCCCAACUCCUCGUCGACUCGUCCUCUCUUCCCUCUUCUUCGUACUGUGUCGCGUCUUCUUCUUCCGUCGGGAAUGCCAAUCAUCCUGAAUGGCGACUUACGCAAGUAUGCUUCUCGCACAGAGCUCUCUUCCAAUCGGCUAAAACAUGUCUUCUCCCACGAAUCAGCACGGUUGUGCGUAAUGCGAGGAGCGCCGACGGCGGAAGCAAGGGAGAUGGCAGGUGGAGCCUCAGUGGCCAAACGGCCCUUGUCACCGGCGGGACUCGCGGUAUUGGACGGGCCGUUGUGGAGGAAUUGGUGGGUCUUGGGGCCAAAGUGCAUACGUGCUGCAGGAAUGGGAGUGAGCUUAGGCAGUGCUUGGAGGAAUGGGAAGGCUUGCUGGGGUCUGGAAUCAGCGGCUCCCUCUGUGAUGUCUCUGUUGGUGAGAAAAGAGUUGAGCUUAUGAGAACAGUGUCCUCUGUCUUUGAUGGGAAGCUCAAUAUUCUCGUUAACAAUGUUGGGACAAAUAUUCGCAAGCCGAUGGAGGAGUUCACACCGGUGGAAUUUGCUACUCUACUGUCGACCAAUUUCGAAUCUGCUUUCCAUUUAAGCCAACUAGCUUAUCCACUUCUGAAGGCCUCAGGACAGGGAAGUGUUGUCUUCACAUCUUCUGUGACUGGUUUCCUGUCGUUGAAGUCGAUGUCUGUUCAUGGAACAACGAAAGGAGCAAUCAAUCAAUUGACAAAGAGUUUGGCUUGCGAGUGGGCAAAGGACAACAUUAGAAGCAAUGCUGUUGCCCCAUGGUACAUCAAGACGUCCAUGGUGGAACAAGUUCUUAGCAAUGAAAAGUAUCUAGAGGAGGUAUACUCGAGAACUCCUCUGCGGCGGCUGGGAGACCCAACAGAGGUAUCAUCCCUGGUUGCAUUCCUUUGCCUGCCUGCCUCGUCUUACAUCACCGAGGCAGAAGAGAAAAGGCUGGAAAUGGAUGCAGCAGCUACCAGCUUUAGCAGCAGGAUGAGCAAGAGGUGGUCUCUCCAAGGACAGACUGCUCUCGUCACCGGUGGCACCAAAGGACUCGGGUACUCUGUUUGUUUCCUAGCUUCUCUUUCCGAUCAUAUCUUUGCCAGCUACAGAUCUUCCAUUUUUGAUGGUUUUGAGAGGUACGGUACGGAUCCAACUUUCCAUUUGGGCUUAAUUUAUGUUAUGCCUUUCUUCUUCUUCUUCUUCUUCCUCCUUUCCCCCCCUCUUCCCAAUGGCUGCAUUCACGACUGUUUAAUUAUAAGAUAUGCUAUCGUGGAGGAACUGGCAGCCCUAGGGGCCACUGUCUACACAUGCUCCAGAAAUAAGGCAGAGCUUGAUAAAUGUUUGAAGGGUUGGAAAGAGCUGGGUCUGCAGGUAACCGGUUCGGCCUGUGAUUUGACCUCUGCAUCUGAAAGACAGAAGCUAAUGCAGGCCGUAUCCUCUCAAUUCAACGGAAAGCUUAACAUCCUGAUCAACAACGCCGGGGCAAAUGUAGUUAAACCCACUCUGGAGUUCACGGACGAAGAUUACUCCCUUCUGAUGCGUACAAACAUGGAGUCGGCAUUCAGCCUGAGCCGACUUGCACAUCCUCUUUUGGCGAAUUCCGGGGCAGGAACGAUCGUGUUCAUGGGAUCUGCUGCGGGUGUCACAUCUCUGAGUGUUGGCAGCAUAUAUGGGAUGACCAAAGCUGCAAUGGUUCAACUAACCAAAGAUCUAGCAUGCGAGUGGGCAAAGGACAACAUAAGGAUCAACUGCGUUGCACCUUGGUUCAUCAAGACUGCCAUCAAUGAGAGCUACUUUGAGAGCGAGGAGUUCUCAAAGUCAGUGAGAGCUCGAACUCCCAUGGGACGAACUGGAGAGCCGGAGGAGGCGGCAGGGUUGGUUGCAUUCCUCUGCCUUCCGGCAGCCUCUUAUAUUACCGGCCAGACUGUUGCCGUCGAUGGGGGAGCCACUGUCCAUUGCUUCACUCCACCUGGAAGUGGAAGGUCAUGAAUCAUAUGGCAUGUUCAUCUCCUACUUUAUAACCCUUCACCAGCCGAUAAUAAUCAUCUACCAAAUUGCUGAUUGUGUUCCAUAUCACAGCUCCAUUACGGUGAAAUCACUAUUGUGCUUGAAGCAUCGUCACAAUGAUGCUUCUUCUAGCCAAAUUCAUCCAUCUAUUUCCUACUCUUCUUCUGUUUCAUAUAUAACUUCUUAUACUGCUUAUGAUAACAAUCCUAGCUAGAUGAAUCAAAUUUGGUUGCAAACUUAGCAGAAACGUACCAUGUGGUUAUCCUUUACACGAAGGAGUAAUGUUGCUAUAAUUAUUGUGUAUAUAAGGUGAAGGUAUUGUGUAUAAUAGUGUGCUUUGAGUGUCUUGAUUAUCAUUUUGUAUUACUAGU